GCAUUUUAGCCCUACAAACAACCUCAGUUGCUUGCUUACCGGCCCUGUCUAAUACUUGAAAUUAGAGCCCAACUCUGAACUCUUUUCAGGCUAUUUCUUCUUUUAGUUUCAAUUAAUUACAAAACCACCCGCCAUAGCCGAAAACUUGUAUGAAUCGUCUGACUCACCUGGGCAUCCGCUUCAACUCUCUCCACUCGGACACCCUAUUCGCCACCUUCUCCACCGUCGCUCUCUGUCAUCCCCGUCCUCCUACUCUAAACCGCGUCACCUUUUCGUCUCUCUCGCAAUUAUCAACCCUUCGCAAAUUCUCAAAUCCACCUUCCUCCAUAUCCGUCGAACGUCCUCGAUCUGACCUCAUACGGUCGUCGAUGGAUUCACAGUCACCGGAAAUUGAUGCGCCGGAGGGCGAGGACUUUGUCCGCAUCGAAGGCGCUACUGCUGAGGAUUUAUCGGAAAGCAUUGUUCGCGUGGAUGAACCAAGGGAGAACGUAGCUCUAACGAGCUCCCCCCCGGCCCCAAUUGAGGAUAAUUCGGAGCAAAGAAUGGUUCUUCCCGAAGAGCUAUCGAGGAGUGUGGUGGUGCUCCAGUGUGAAUCUUCGGCAGAAGGUGGCGUUUGCGAUGUGUACCUGGUCGGAACUGCGCACGUUUCAAUGGAAUCUUGCAGAGAGGUAGAAGCUGUUAUCAGUUAUUUGAAACCAGAAGUUGUCUUCUUGGAGCUGUGCUCGAGCAGGGUGGCGGUGCUUACCCCUCAGAAUUUGAAGAUACCAACAAUGGGAGAAAUGGUAGAUUUGUGGAAGAAAAAUCACAACCUUUUUGGAAUACUAUACAGUUGGUUUCUCGCCAAGGUUGCUAAUAAGUUGGAAGUUUUCCCUGGUACUGAGUUUCGUGUGGCAUAUGAAGAAGCUAUGAAGUAUGGUGGUAGGGUGAUACUUGGUGAUCGUCCAGUGCAGAUUACACUACGAAGGACAUGGUGGAAAAUGCCACGUUGGCAUAAGAUUAAGCUGAUCUAUGCUAUGCUUUUUCAAGCAGUCUUUUUACCAAGUUCUGAUGAACUUAAUAAAAUGCUAAAAGAAAUGGAUGAUGUUGACAUGCUGACUCUUGUCAUUCAAGAGAUGAGUAAGGCGUUUCCCACUCUGAUGGAGACUCUUGUACAUGAGAGAGACCAGUACAUGUCGUUAAAAUUACUAGGAAUUGCCAGAGAGCGCAGCUCAGUAGUAGCAGUUGUUGGAAAGGGGCACCUGCAAGGAAUUAAAAAGCAUUGGCAGCAGCCUGUUGUGUUGAAGGAUCUUAUGGAACUUCCCACGAAAAAGGAAACUGUUUCAGGUGGACGGGUACUUAAAACUUUUGGUUGUGCAGUUGUUGGGGCAGCCAUUAUAUCGGGUAUCUAUCUUGCAUGCAAGAAAUGAAUACCGAGUCUCUUUGUGCAAGAAGAGGUUUUCUCAAUUCCAAAUACAUGUGAAUUCUUUUAAUUGGUUACAAAUGGGCAUAAGAGAAGAUGCUUUUACCGGGGUAGAGAAACUUAAACCAUAAGAACUUAGCGUAGAAAUGUAAUUGCUUCCAAGUCCCUUACAUUCUUUUAUAUUGUGGAAUUGUUGUUACUUCCUUCGGAAAAAUGUAAUUGAUGAAUGAAAAAAAAACAAUAGUUUUCCUGUUUAUAUAUGAUUUAGGAUAUACAAGUUACUGGUAUUUGAAUUCCUACGUACAAUUCUUUUUCUAAAAAAGAAAAA